CCAACAAAGAGACGACAGCAGCACAGAGAGCAACGCUAGCCAGCGCUAGCUGGAGAAAAGUUUCAAACGCCGAAUAUCCUCAACAUUUACAACCGUCACAACACACGCGAUUCAUGUACCGCAAAGCGCAGUCAUAAAGUGCCAUUAUUCAUUGGCUGUGUGAAAACAGGACUCGUUUCUGAGAUGUUGUAUGGCUUCAGGUGUCUAACGUUAGCUAGCCGUACAGUACAGUAAUGUCUCCUGAUGUGACGUCUUAGCUCUCCGGACUCUGAUAUGAAAUCUGCUGUAAGUUGACAGUAUAUUAAAGACACGACAGGUAUGACAGUCGUGUAUCAUAUGUAAUUAGCUAUGUGUGAGUGUUCACAUACAUCUCCUUCAUCACCAGAACAUUGUGCAUAAUCCCCCUCCAAAUUCUCAAGGGGGAGCCUUCAGAAUGAAGAAGAUCAGUCUGAAGACAAUAAGGAAGUCGUUUAACAUUAAAGGCAAAGAAGAAAGCGAAUAUGCCGUUUCACAGCCAGACCUGUCAGCCGAUUUCUCUGCUGAGGACUCUCUGUUUGGAGGAUGCUACAGCAAAGAUCUUGUCAGCGGUGACAUGGAUAAUGAGGACGAAAAAAGACCCAAAGUCCGGUCUAAGAGUGAGGGUCUCAUGGGCACCUUGAAAAGGAGACUGUCGGCUAAACAGAAACCAAAGGUCAAAGGUGGUUCUCCGUCUCUAGGCUCCAUAGAUGAUGGCACCUUCUCCUCCUCUUCUGCACCCAUUAGUCUAAGUGACAUGAAGUCCCAGCGUUCCACAUCCAUUCAUAUUCACCAUUACAGUCCCACCCCAUGGCCUCUCAGACCAGCGAACUCGGAGGAGACGUGCGUUAAAGUAGACGUAAAGGUGAACGCGUUAAUGGACUCUUCGCAUCCAAGUCCAGCUCUCGACAGUGUGCGCCGAGACUUCCUGGACCUCCAUAGAGACAGUCUGUUUGAAGAAUCUAGUAAUUCGCUGAAAAUCACCAGAUGUGUGCCAGACCAUCACUCUAACUCUGACAACAACGAUUUACAUCUUGAAAUAGAUGAACACAUGCCUGUAGUUCUUGGUCUCGCAGCUCAGGAUUAUAUUCAGUACACAUUGCCUUUAGAUGAUGGACUAUAUCCCGAUGAGGAGGGUUCACGCUCUUUUUGCUUAGACAGCGCCACAGCCAUGGAUGUUGUUCCACAGUCAGAUGGAUGCCAAUCUCUUCAUGCAGAUGAGGAGCCUAUUGAUCAGGAUCUUCUGUCACCAGACAUCUUCAUGGAGUCAUCCGUGAAUCAGCUCUUUUUAAACACUGCAAAUGUCUUGCUGCAGGGCUCCGCACUCGAAGCCCCUCUUUCUCCCUUGCUACCUCCGUUGCCCAAUAGUUAUCUCCAGAGAAGCUUCUCUGGGUUUGGCAGUACCCAUGCUCAGGUUGCAGAGAGAGUCAUGCACCAUCUCAACUUUGACCCGAAUUCGGCUCCGGGAGUGCAGCGGGUCUACGAUGCCGUGCAGAGCAGCGGGCCCAUGGUGGUUACAAGUCUCACGGCAGAACUGAAAAAGCUGGCCAGGCAGGGAUGGUAUUGGGGACCCAUUACAAGAUGGGAGGCUGAGGAGAAGCUAACAAAUCUUCCAGAUGGUUCCUUUCUAGUCCGCGACAGUUCGGACGAUAGGUAUCUUCUAAGCUUAAGCUUUCGCUCGCAGGGUAAGACGCUCCACACGAGGAUUGAACACUCCAACGGCAGUUUCAGCUUCUACGAGCAGCCCGACAUUGAGGGUCAUAUAUCCAUCGUGGAUCUUAUUGAUAAUUCCAUUAAGGAUUCUGAGACCGGAGCGUUUUGUUACUCAAGAUCACGCUUGCCAGGGUCUGCAACGUAUCCUGUUCGACUGACCAAUCCUGUUUCGAGGUUUAUGCAGGUGCGGUCACUGCAGUACCUGUGUCGAUUUGUUAUCCGGCAGUACACACGGAUAGAUCUCAUCCAGAAAUUGCCUUUACCGAACAAAAUGAAAGAUUACCUGCAGGAAAAGCACUACUGAACACAAAAUCUCAACUUUACCGGAUUUGGUUGCUAGUUGCACUUUUGGGACGACGAUACAGGUUUCGCAAAUAUUUCAAGGGUUUUGUUAUCAUUAAAUCACACAUCUUGUUGAAAGAAAUAGUGAUGAUUGUUGGCUAGGAUGUGUCUGGUAGAAUAGAUAAUUCAGUGGUUUGUGAAGAGAUGCAAUGGCAGAAUGUUGUUUGGAGUGUUUGGAUGUCAGUGUUGGAGCUUGUUCGCAUGUUCUCUAGAGUACUGUAGAGUUUUGUUUUUGUUACAGGAAUAUUGGUCCAGAUCAAGUGUUUAAUGCAUAUACCACCCUAUGAGAUAUUAGCACAGAACAAGUUUAUCGUAAGGUUCGCUGUAACAAUGCACAGAGGUGUUAUCAACACCCCAAUAAUGACUGCAGGUUUGGGAAAUUUGGUUUUGGUGACAUUCCUCGCCCCUUUUUUUAAAUGCAUAACUUUUGUUUUACUAGCAACUGCUAUGUCAUGACAUAAUCAUAUUCAAAGAGAAAAUGUACCUGCAAGUAUGCUAAAAUGAUGUCCUGUCUGUGGAGUUACAAUAUAAGCUAUAUUAGCUGCACAUGUUUGUGAGAUCUCAUUCUUACCCCUCUGUUUUACGUUAUUUAGCACAUGUUAUGCCAAGGAUAGAUGAUUCUGUGCCUCUCUGAAACUGAUCUUUGAUGCGAUUGAUUUUUGACCGUAUGAUUUGUCACUUAUGCAGUUACAUUAUAAACACAUCUGUCCUUCAUUUCCCCAUUGCAUCCUUUAGAUCAGUGGUCACCAACCCUGUUCCUGGAGAUCGACCGUCCUGCAGACUGCAGCUCCAACCCUGCUUCAGCACACCUGUCUGUAAUUAUCAAGCAAACCUGAACACCUUGAUUAGAUAGUUCAGGUGUGUUUGAUUGGGGUUGGAGCUGAAAUCUUCAGGACAGUCGAUCUCCAGGAGCAGGGUUGGUGACCACUGCUUUAGAUGGUCAUUAGAAUUCUUGGUCAUUGUUUUGAAAACAGAAAACUUGCCUAUUAUGGAUUAAGGUACAGGUAGACUAUUAAAUCACUUGUUUUCGGGAACAGAAUUUGCUUAUUGUUGUAACUUGAAUUUGUUCUUCAGUUGAAAUAAAAGUUUUAUAUGAAUAAUCAGACUCGUUCUAUGUAAAAUUGU